AUGUCGUCGCGCUGGGCAGAUACUGAAGAGGAUGCCGUUGAGAAUGCAAGACGGAAAGCUGCGAAGGAGGAGAAGAAGCGACUGAAGGAGGAGAAGCAGCGCAAGGCAGAGGAGAAAAGGCGCGCAGCAGAGGCAGCAGCAGCGGCGAGAUCGAACGGACAUGGCGACGAUAACGAGCGGCCAUUUAAACGACGCAGACUAUCGCAAGAACAGGAUGCUACCCCAGCACAACCAGAACCCGAGCGCGAACUUCUACGAUUCCAUGCGCCUAAUUGGCAGCCAUGCCGAUCCGUCGAGAGGUUUGAUAAGCUGAAUGCCAUCGAAGAGGGGAGCUAUGGCUACGUCUUUCGAGCCAAAGAAGAGGCGACGGGUGAGAUUGUCGCUUUGAAGAAGCUGAAACUCGACCCGUUAAGAGAUGGAGGAUUUCCAGUCACUGCUUUGCGCGAAAUUCAAUGUCUACAAGCCGCCAAGCAUAGACACAUUGUCAACUUGCGCGAGGUGGUGACUGGCGAGCGGGAGAAUAGAGGCGACGUCUACCUCGUUAUGGACUUUCUGGAACACGAUCUGAAGACACUGCAAGAAGAGAUGCAGGAGCCAUUCAUGCCGAGCGAAGUCAAGACGCUCUUGCUACAACUAGGCAGCGCAGUGGAGUUUCUACACGAUCACUGGAUCUUGCACCGCGAUCUGAAGACGUCCAAUGUACUCAUGAACAAUCGCGGCGAAAUCAAGCUGGCGGAUUUUGGCAUGGCACGGUUCGUGGGCGAGCCUGCGCCGUCCAAUCUCACGCAGCUUGUGGUCACGCUCUGGUAUCGCUCCCCAGAGCUGUUGCUUGGAGCUACUACAUACGGCGCCGCAAUCGAUGUGUGGAGCAUCGGUUGCAUAUUUGGCGAGCUACUGACUCGGAAUCCGCUUCUGCAAGGCAAGAAUGAAGUCGACCAGUUGAGUAAGAUAUUUGAGCUCUGCGGUGUACCCAGCGAUGAGACCUGGCCUGGUUUCAAACGCCUACCAAACGCACGGAGUCUCCGACUACCUUCUUCCCGCACCGCACAAGGAAGUAUCAUUCGUUCUAAGUUCUCAAAUCUUACGAACGCUGGUGUCAAGCUUCUCGACUCUCUGCUGAGCCUGGACCCCUCGAAGCGACCGACUGCGAAGGAGAUGCUGGAACAUGCAUACUUCAGAGAAGAUCCGCGGCCGAAGCCCACGGCGAUGUUUCCGACAUUCCCAUCAAAGGCAGGCCAAGAGAGGAGACGACGUCACGCGAGUCCAAAUGCUCCCGUUCGUGGUGCUGCGCCUGGCCUGCAAGGCGAGGUGGACUUCAGCAGCAUAUUCAAGGGCAGAGAGGCGGAAGAGAAAGGUGGCGGUUUCCAGCUCAAGUUGGCUUAG